UGCAACGCCCCCUCAGCCUGCUGGUCACCGCCCACAAAGUUACUCAGCCAGGUGACAGCUGAGCCAGCAGGGACUGAACCAACGCAACGUAACAGACAACAUACAGACAUCUGUCAGCGCCAGAGCAAAGGGGAAGACACACAGACAUUCACCCCACUGUUGCAUUUACUAACAGUUUUUACAUGCACUUGAUUUGAAAGCCUCUCCUCCGCUCGUUGUUGCAAAGUAGUAAGCUAGCAGCGCGAGGGUAAGCGUUGACGUUAGCUCCUGUGACAUCUCCACCAGAGAGCCUUUACACGCUCGCUGUCUCUCUCACCGGGGGACAUACACCGUCAACAUGUCGGAUCCGGCCGGGGAGGCGAAGCUGGAGCUGAAACAGGCAAGCAAAGAGGUGAAAGAGAGCGAAAACGUGGCGGAAAAGUACUCAGCUAUGACCGUAAGCAAGAACAGCGAAAUGAACAUGGGAGAGCUGUCAUCCGCCUUCAGCGCGGUGCCCACGCACAAACCAGUCAAAAAGCAAAUCCAGUUUGUGGAGGACAAGCAGGAGUUCAGCAGGUUCCCCACCAAGGCAGGCCGUCGCUCGCUGUCCCGCUCCAUCUCUCAGUCAUCCACAGACAGCUACAGCUCCGCUGCGUCCUAUACGGAUAGCUCUGACGAUGAGACCUCACCACGGGACAAAACUCAGGUCAACUCCAAGGGCAGCAGCGACUUCUGUGUGAAGAGCAUCAAACAGGCUGAAUUUGGAAGACGUGAGAUUGAGAUUGCAGAACAAGAUAUGUCAGCGCUGAUCUCACUCAGGAAGAGAGCACAGAGUGAGAAACCAUUGGCAGGUGCCAAAAUUGUGGGCUGCACUCACAUCACUGCCCAGACUGCAGUGCUGAUUGAGACUCUGGUGGCUCUCGGGGCUCAGUGCCGCUGGACUGCAUGUAACAUUUACUCUACACAGAAUGAAGUGGCUGCUGCUCUGUCAGAGACUGGCGUGGCAGUGUUUGCCUGGAAAGGGGAGUCUGAGGAUGAUUUCUGGUGGUGUAUCGACCGCUGCGUCAACACUGAGGGUUGGCAGCCCAACAUGAUCCUUGAUGACGGAGGAGACUUGACACACUGGAUGUACAAGAAAUACCCCAAUGUAUUCAAGAAGAUCAGGGGAAUUGUAGAGGAGAGUGUCACUGGUGUUCACAGGUUGUAUCAGCUGUCUAAAGCUGGAAAACUGUGUGUACCGGCCAUGAAUGUAAAUGACUCUGUGACAAAGCAGAAGUUUGACAACCUUUACUGCUGCAGAGAGUCAAUCCUGGACGGCUUGAAGAGAACCACAGAUGUCAUGUUUGGAGGCAAACAGGUGGUCGUAUGUGGGUACGGUGAGGUUGGAAAAGGUUGUAGUGCUGCUCUGAAAGCUCUGGGAGCCGUCGUCUCUGUUACAGAGAUUGAUCCCAUCUGUGCCCUGCAGGCCUGCAUGGACGGAUUCAGGGUGGUCAAGCUGAAUGAGGUCAUUCGCCAGGUUGACGUCAUCAUCACAUGCACUGGGAACAAGAACGUGGUGACCAGAGACCAGCUGGACCGCAUGAAAAAUGGCUCUAUUGUCUGCAACAUGGGCCACUCCAAUACUGAGAUUGAUGUGGCAAGUCUUCGGACCCCCGAGCUGACCUGGGAGAGAGUGCGCUCUCAGGUGGAUCACGUCAUUUGGCCUGAUGGCAAGAGGGUCAUCCUUCUGGCUGAGGGACGUCUCCUUAACCUCAGCUGCUCCACUGUUCCUACCUUUGUCUUGUCCAUCACAGCCACAACUCAGGCCCUGGCCCUCAUAGAGUUGUACAACGCUCCUGAGGGACGAUACAAGCAGGAUGUUUACUUGCUUCCCAAGAAGAUGGAUGAAUAUGUCGCCAGUCUGCACCUGACCACUUUUGAUGCCCACCUGACGGAGCUUUCUGAUGAGCAGGCAAAAUACCUGGGCCUGAAUAAGAACGGCCCUUUUAAACCCAACUACUACAGGUAUUAGUCUGCAAGGGAACCACAGCUCAGCACACCCAAAUAUGAUUGCUACCAUCAAAUAUCCCUAAGACAAGAGAAAGAUUUAUGUAUAAUGUUUUUUAUAUUCUUCACAUGAUGCACAGCUUUUAUCUAGUUGUAUUUUAAUGACCACAGCAAGCUUCACUUGCUGCUUCCUUCAGAACUGCACAUGACACCCAGCUGGCUAUGAAAAGUCAGUGUAACUGCAGCACUUAUAUCUACUGUUCAGCUUUAUUUUCUUUUUUUCUGUUAUUAUUAUCUGUUUCCAAAUCUGCUGGCCCCUAGGUUGUUUUUUAGAGUUCUGAUAGAUGUUGUGCCAAAUGACUGUGACAGGGAAGGGUUAAAGUUGUUGUGAAAUGCUGAAGGUUAAACUGUUUAAACCUACUCAAAGCGAUUAUUUUCAUAUAAACAUAUUAAAUUCCUCCACUUGAAAUUCCAAACCCAUAAAACUAAAGCUCACAGAGUUUUUUAACCGCUGUUAGCUCCUUGUUCCGUCUCUCCAAUUGUCUUUCUCAGGAGUAGGUGAGCAAAAUCACCUUUAAUUUGUCAGGUGACAAGAAACUUGACUCCAAUUAGGUGUUGAUGUGUGUCUGCUCGAGGUUGAAGGAGGCAAUUAUUUGCUGACAAACGAGCCAUAACAACUUGAUUAUCUGAUUGUAAAUCAGGGCUGUGUUUCUUUGAGUUUGUUUCUGUCCCCAAGUGAUCAAAAAUCACUUAAUGCAGCUUGAAAUCAAUGUGACAGUGUCCACUUUACACAUUCCAUCCGCAACAUAGAGAAGAAAUGUCCCGUUCUCUAGUAUCAUCCACAUUAAUGCUAACAAUCAGCAUGUCGGGGCGAAAAAGGAACAUCAGUACUUUUUGACUAUAGCAAACAUAAGAGAGGUUGGCAUUUAUUUUCUUGAAAAAAGUGUCCAUUUAUGAGGUUUUGGUGUCUGGUUAGAAAAGUAUCUGCACCUCAGGGGCAUUCAAAUAUCUCAAAAUAUUUGUAAAUACAUUUUUAUCCGAUCAAAAAUGUCUGAUCUCAUUCUCAUUCUUGUUAAAAUGAUUAUUUACAGUAUAAAUGUAAUAUAGGGUUAGAGUUAAAUCUAUGUCACCUGUCCAGAGUAAAUUGACUAUUACAGCUAUUAUAUUCUGUGUAAAUAUCACAAGUCUGUGUCUAUGCUGUAUAUGUUACAGCAUCUGACCAGCUGAUCCCAUUAUGGUAUUUGUUGAAGUGCAACAGCUUAUUGUUAGAUGUGUCACAGGACCCUGAUCAUGUAUUAACAAGACGACAACUCUUUUAGUCUUGAAGAUUUUAACAUCAGAAAAGUAAACCACAAAUUGCUUUGGCUCAGACAUGGCCAAACAUUGUUGUGAGCACCUUUGCCUGGACUCAUAUGUUAGCUUUACCUUCUGUGUUAUCUUGCAGUAUUGCACCAUUAUUAUAGCUUUUCUAAUAACCCAAUAUUUAGUUUAGUUUCGUAAAGCUUUUCAUUGUUCAAAAGGCUUAAGCACAGUUAUGUGAGGCUUGUUAAAUGCACAAUCUCAUUAUGUCACUUUCACUUCUCUAUAUUUACUUUGAAUGUUUUUAUGAAUUUGUGGCCACAUUUGUUGACUUAGCUGAGUGAUAAUUUUUUAGUUAAAACUAUACAGUGUGCGGGUAGUACUUGUGUCAUGCUGAAUUUAUAGCUUUUCAACACAUUAUAACAUGCUGUAUAUCAUGCUGGUAGUCUGUGGGGGAACUUUACUCCAAACUGUUGACAGUAUUACUGUCCCUGCUGAGGUUUUGGCACCUUGUUACCUUUUUAAGGUUUUGUUCCACAUGUGUUUUUUCAGUAUCAUGUUUCAUCACCCUUAACAAAACCUUACCCACAGAGUUACAGCUUGUUCCUGUAUUCCAUUUUGGGGAAUUUUAAUGAAAUCUUUUUUUUUAAUAGUAGCUCACAUGAUGCUACUGUGAAGUGCUCUCAUCUUUGAACUAGGAGCUUUAAAGGCAUCAGAGCCAAGGACUUUCAGUGAGGACAUCAUUGCCAGCAAGAUAAGCGCUGUAACCAUGGUUACUGGUCAGUUGACAGUGCCUUGUGACUCACUUUGUGAUUUAUAUUCACAUGUACAACUGUGUUCUUCUCGAAGUUUGGUAAUGUGCCCAACAUGGUUGUUAUUCUGCAAUAUACAGUGAUAGCUAUGCAGCCAAACAUACUCUGUUUUAGAUGACAGUUUUAGACAUUAGUAGGCCACAUUUUACAUUCUGUUGAUUGAUUUUAAUGUUUCAUCCUAGUUUAAUUUGUUAUAACAAUCAGGCAUUUCAAUUAAUUACAUUGGUCUUUUCAUAAUAACACUUAAAAGAUGCCUUUUAUAUGUUUUAACUAAUAUACAAGUCAUUUUACCAUAGUUUUGACUCUAUUAUAGAGACAAAUGGAUGUGUUAUUACUAGAGCAAACAGCUUGACUCUUGUCAAAUUAAAAUAAAUAAGUACCACUGUGAUUUGACAGAUGUACACAGUUACUUGGUUGAAGUUUUUGAUGUGGAGACGAUUUAUAGUUUAGUUUGAAGAACAUAAUUACAAAGUAGGCCGAUAUUUUCGACACGAUCUGUUGAAUUUGAAGAACAUAAUAUCGGCAGUGUACAAACCCUGUUAAAUUUCUGUGCACAUUUCCCUUUAAUAAAAUACUGUAU